AUGUAUAUAUGUAACUGUCAUUUACUAAAAAUCAAUUUUUUCAUCAUUCGGUCGUCUUCAUAUAUUUUACCGAAAGUUUGUUAUUACGUUUUAAAUAUUUAGUGGCGUAAAAUUGGCUCCAAAAGGGAACUCAACUUAAAGCCAUCAACACUUAUUGUAUAACAAAACUAAUAUCGACGUCUGCUCUGACGAACAUGAAAAUGGUGUUGUCUCAGAGGCAGCGCGAGGAGCUGAACCAAGCGAUUGCCGAUUAUUUAGGUAGCAAUGGCUAUACUGAAUCCUUAGAUGCAUUCCGCAAAGAAGCUGAUGUAUCCACAGAGAGCGAAAAAAAGUUCAGUGGACUUUUAGAAAAGAAAUGGACUUCUGUUAUUCGAUUGCAAAAAAAAGUUAUGGAGCUUGAAGCUAAAUUAUCAGAAGCUGAGAAGGAAGCAAUUGAAGGCGCUCCUACAAAAGCAAAACGAAGCCCUGGAGAAUGGAUUCCACGGCCACCAGAAAAAUUUUCAUUGACCGGGCAUCGCGCAAGCAUUACACGGGUAAUAUUUCACCCCAUUUUUGGUUUGAUGGUAUCUUCGUCAGAAGACGCUACCAUUAAAAUUUGGGACUUUGAAACUGGGGAAUACGAACGCAGUUUGAAAGGUCACACAGAUUCAGUUCAAGAUGUCGCUUUUGAUGCUCAAGGAAAACUUUUAGUAUCCUGUAGUGCUGAUUUAUCCAUAAAGUUAUGGGACUUUCAACAAACUUACGAAUGCAUUAAGACAAUGCAUGGCCAUGAUCAUAAUGUAUCGUCUGUAGCGUUUGUUCCCGCUGGAGAUUAUGUCAUUUCAGCAUCGCGGGAUAAAACUAUAAAAAUGUGGGAAGUGGCCACCGGCUACUGUGUGAAAACAUACACCGGACACAGAGAAUGGGUGCGUAUGGUGCGUGUACACGCGGAUGGUAGCAUCUUUGCUUCUUGUUCAAAUGAUCACUCCAUUCGCGUAUGGCUAACCAACACAAAGGAUUGCAAGGUUGAACUUCGAGACCAUGAUCACACAGUAGAGUGUAUAGCUUGGGCACCAGACUCAUCGAUGGCUGCUAUUAAUGAGGGGACUGGCAUUGACAACAAAAAAGGGCAUCAUCAAGGACCAUUUUUGGCAUCUGGAUCUCGAGAUAAAACUAUUCGGAUUUGGGACGUUAGUGUUGGUGUGUGUCUAUUUGCACUCAAUGGUCAUGAUAAUUGGGUCAGAGGUUUGUCAUUUCAUCCAGGCGGUAAAUAUCUUAUAUCAGCAAGCGAUGAUAAAACCAUUCGAGUUUGGGAUUUACGCAAUAAACGAUGUAUGAAAACGUUGUACGCACAUCAGCAUUUUUGUACUUCUAUUGAUUUUCACAAAAUUCACCCAUAUGUUAUUUCGGGCAGCGUGGAUCAGACUGUAAAAGUUUGGGAGUGCCGUUAAUUUUACUAACGAAUUACAAAACUUCAUACAACCGAGCAACAUCUUUUAAAUUUCAGGAGCAGAAAUUAUAUGAACUAGAGAAUACAUGUAAUUCAAUACAAUUAUAAUAUAUUUAUUUAAUAAUGAUAAUAGUAUAACGAAAAUGGUAAUCUUAUUAAAAUAUUAUUUAUUUUAAAGCAAAUACUAGAGCAACUGAUGAAAAAUCUAAAGAGCAAGUACAUUAAUGUAAUAUUUUAAUUAAAGCAUAUAACAAGCUUACAGUUGAUAAAUAUACAUAUAAUAAAUAUAUACAUAAUUUUCUUGGAUUUAUCAAGUUCCGCUUGGAUGUCGUAUUUGAUCAAUCAACUGCAUGUAACCAACAAAGUCUUAGUGAGAAGUAACGGUUUACUCUUAAUAUUAACGAAUAAGUGUGAUUUGCCCAUCAAUUUAUAAAACGUCAGCUCACAAUUAAGUGCAAAUGACCUGGCAUCAAGGGAAUUGUAAAUAUAAACAUUUGGUUGUUUGCAAGUGCCAUGAUGCCAGACAUUUACACAUAAAAUUGUUAUCUGCCCAAAGAUUUUUGAAGUUAAGAAAAGGUUUAUCGGCGAGGUCUGGAAAUUCUAAUGGUGAUUUAUUUUCUCGCAAUAAUGUCACACUGCGCCAGAGCUGUAAAAUUUUUGUUUUCUUUUCCCAAACUGUUAUAACGUGUGAGAGUGAGGCAUUGUUCAGCAGAUUUUUGUUUAUCUGUGUCCAAAUAGUUCUUCGAAAAUUUUAAGUGAUACACAAAAUUUAAGUAAAUCAUUCUAUUUCAUUUUCAAUAUAUUAAAUGUAUAAUUUGUAGAAGAGCUGAAUUUUUCUGAAAAUACAACGUAUUUUACGGGUGUAUGGCAAUAUUUUCGUAAUGUCGACAUAUAAUGAGGUGACAUUUUUUCGAGAAAAGAAAACACUAUAAAGAAUAACUAUGAGAAUAACUCCAUUAUACUGAUGACUAUAGCAUUAACAAAUAUCGCGACAAAAUACCGACAUCUUUAAAAUGUAGUGGUGCAGUUUAGAGAUACCUGAGAAAAACUUAAUAAAUACAGAAAGUUGGUAUGGGUACAAGACGACGUGUUUUAACUCCAAUAUUCUUAUCAUUAUUAUAAAAUAUUCUUAUUAUUAUUCUAUUCGUUAUAUGCGUAAAUAACUAUAAAUAAGUGCAUUAAAUGAGCACAGUUUGGCAUGUAUUUAAUACUAAUAAAACAAACAGCUGGAGUAUUAUGUGAAAACUUUCUCGUUAUAUUAUUUAUAAUAUUAUGGUGUAAAAAAUGUACACAAUGUGAUAAAACGCGUCGAUUGGUACCUAGACCGACUGUUGUGGGUAAAUGUUGCACCAGUGACUCUAAACUUCACUUUCAUUCUUUAAAAGUAUCGGAAGAGCAUAUUAAGUUGAGUACAUGUUUUUGCAUGCGUGUAUACAUAAAAGGUCACAUUUAUUUUUUAUAUUUUAUCACUUAUAUUUUUUUAGGUAGUAGUUUAUAAUUUUUUUAAGUAAUUUUUACGAUGGGAUACAGUGUUCGAAAAAAAAAAACAAUUAAUAAAAUGAAUAAAAUACACUA